AUGAGUCCUCCACUGCUGAAGCUUGGUGCUGUUCUUAGUACCAUGGCAAUGAUCUCUAACUGGAUGUCCCAAACUCUCCCAUCUCUGGUAGGACUAAAUACCACCAGAAUAACCACUUCAGAUACUCUAGUAAGUAGCUGUGAUGUGUUGCAAGCCAUCUUAAUGCUGAACCCCAAGGAAGGGUGGCAAGUUUAUAGUUCAGCCCAGGAUCCUGAUGGCCGUUGCAUUUGCACUGUUGUUGCACCUGAACAAAACCUAUGUUCAAGAGAUGCCAAAAGCAGGCAACUCAGACAACUGCUAGAGAAGGUUCAGAAUAUGUCCCAAUCUAUUGAAGUUUUAAAUCUGCGGACUCAGAGGGAUUUCCAGUAUGUUUUAAAAAUGGAAACACAAAUGAAAGGGCUGAAGGCCAAGUUUCGGCAAAUUGAAGAUGAUCGGAAGACAUUAAUGACAAAGCAUUUUCAAGAGUUGAAAGAAAAGAUGGAUGAGCUCCUGCCACUGAUCCCAGUUCUGGAACAAUACAAAACUGAUGCCAAAUUAAUCACCCAGUUCAAGGAGGAAAUUAGGAAUCUGUCUACUGUCCUCACUGGGAUUCAGGAAGAAAUUGGUGCUUAUGACUAUGAGGAACUACACCAGCGCGUACUCAGUUUAGAGACCAGGCUUCGAGACUGCAUGAAAAAGCUCACAUGUGGCAAAUUGAUGAAAAUUACAGGCCCCAUUACAGUCAAGAUAUCCGGAACCCGAUUUGGAGCCUGGAUGACAGAUCCAUUAGCAUCAGAGAAAAAUAACCGAGUCUGGUACAUGGACAGUUACACUAACAAUAAAAUUGUCCGUGAAUAUAAAUCAAUUGCAGACUUUGUCAGUGGGGCUGAAUCAAGGACAUACAACCUUCCAUUCAAAUGGGCAGGAACCAACCAUGUUGUCUACAAUGGCUCCCUCUAUUUCAACAAGUAUCAGAGCAACAUCAUCAUCAAAUACAGCUUUGACACUGGGCGGGUGCUUGCACAGCGUAGCCUUGAGUAUGCUGGCUUUCACAAUGUCUACCCUUACACCUGGGGUGGCUUUUCUGAUAUUGACCUGAUGGCAGAUGAAAUUGGGCUAUGGGCUGUGUAUGCCACCAACCAGAAUGCAGGCAACAUUGUCAUCAGCCAGCUAAACCAGGAUACAUUGGAGGUGCUGAAGAGCUGGAGCACAGGCUACCCAAAGAGAAGUGCUGGAGAAUCCUUCAUGAUCUGUGGCACCUUGUAUGUUACUAACUCUCAUUUAACAGGAGCCAAGGUCUACUAUUCCUAUUCCACGAAAACCUCCACUUAUGAGUAUACAGACAUUCCUUUCCAUAAUCAGUAUUUUCAUAUAUCCAUGCUUGACUACAAUGCAAGAGAUAGAGCUCUCUAUGCCUGGAAUAACGGACAUCAAGUCCUGUUUAACGUCACCCUUUUCCACGUCAUUAAAACUGAAGAUGACACAUAAUUUUCUUUCCCUUUCCUUUCCCUCACCUCCCUCCCUCAAAGCAGUGUCAUUUGUGAUAAACUCCAAAAGCAUCCAUCUUUCUUAGUUCCUUUUAAUUUACAUUUCUUUUUUCAUUAAGAAAAAAGCAACAUUUUCUACCAUAUAAUGCAUUUCAAAUACAGCUGAGCCUGUCAAAAAUGACCUGUUGGAAAUAAAAGCAUCUUAACUCAUGAUUCUACAAGGUCUGUCAAGACCUUGUCUUGAAAAGCACUAAAGAGGAUUUAAGUGGCUAAAGACAGUUUUUAAAGAUUAUGAUCUGCCUUAUUUUAGAGUCAGAGACUAAUGGUGGCUUAAAUGCAUGAAUGUCUUUUUUUACCUCAUUUUUGUUCUUAAUCUAUUGCUCAACUUCAGGAAAUAUUUUGGUAGUGUCAGACACAUAUUGCACAUUGUACUUUUUUUAUUUAUUCCAAAAGAAAGAUUUAGGAAUUUAAUUUACUUGGACAUGGAGUAUGAUUCAUUUUGCCAUCACCCAAUUUCAGAUGUGGUGCUGUACAGUAUGUUUUUAAAUCUCUUGCAAACAUUUUAUCAACAGUAUGUAUUUCUACCAUUGUAACCACCAUUGUGCAAUUGUAUCUCUUCACUUAUGUGAAAGUAAACUAAGUACUAUUUUUUAUAAAAUAUA